AUGGCGCUCCCGCCCAAAGUAUACCAGUUCCUUGUGGGCCUGUUUGCCUCGCUGGGCUCUCUGCUGUACGGCUACGAUCUCGGUGUCAUCGCCCAGGUCAUUGCCUCCAAGGCCUUCAUCAGAGAGUUCAACCAGCCCGACGACAAUGCCACGGGAGCCGUCGUGUCUGUCUUCACGGGCGGUGCCUUCUUCGGUGCCGCCUUCGCGGGCCCUGCCGGCGACAAGUUCGGUCGCAGAAUCACCAUCUUGAUGGGGGCCUUGGUCUUCAUCCUCGGGGGUUCGCUGCAGACGGGGGCCCAGUCGCUGUCCUACCUCUACGCUGGACGCGUCCUUGCUGGUGCCGGAGUCGGUUUCCUGGUCAUGAUUGUUCCCCUGUACCAGUCUGAGAUGGUCCACCCCAGCAUCCGCGGCCGUGUCACGGCUCUCGUGCAGUUCAUGCUGGGAAUCGGUGCCCUGGCCGCCGCCUGGAUCAGUUACGGCGUCGACAUAGGCUUCGCAGACGACAACAACGGCCAAUGGCGUACAUCGCUUGGCAUCCAAGUCGUUCCAGCCGUCUUUCUCGCUGCGCUCAUCAUGGUCUUUCCCGAGUCGCCUAGAUGGCUCAUCAGCAAAGGCAAGAGUGAAGAGGGCCUUCGCAACCUGGCCAAGCUGCAUGCAAACGGCGACGAAACCGACGCCUGGGUCCUGGCAGAGUACGACCAGAUCCAAGAGGCCAUUAGCUUUGAUCGUGAGCACGAGGCUCAGUCGUACCUUGAUCUCUUCAAGGACAGGUCGUGCUUCCGCCGUCUGUUCCUCGCCUGUGCCAUCCAGGCGUCUACCCAAAUGACUGGAGUUUCGGCCAUCCAGUACUACUCGAUUACAAUCUACCACCAGAUGGGUAUCAGCAGUACAGACGCCCUCAAGUACCAGGCCAUCUCGUCGGUUCUCGCGCUUUGCGGCCAAGCCCUCUGCAUUGCUUUCAUUGAUCGCUUGGGACGCCGCUGGACUUUGAUCGGUGGCAACCUCGGCAACUGUGUCACUUUCAUAAUUGCAACCGUCAUGCUGGCAGUCUUCCCUCCCGGCUCCACUGGAAAUGCCGCUGCCUCAUGGGGCUUCAUUGCCGUCACCUGGGCAUACAAUUUCUGCUUUAGCUCCACAUGUGGCCCGCUUUCUUGGAUCAUUCCCGCAGAGAUUUUUGACACCAAGACCCGUUCCAGGGGGGUUUCCAUUGCGACCAUGACGUCUUUUGCAUUCAACACCAUGAUUGGCCAGACCACCAAGCCCGGCAUGGAAAACAUUGGAUGGCGAUUUUACCUGCUCUUCGUUAUUUGCAACUUUACCAAUGCCAUCUUCUUCUACUGCUUCCUGCCCGAGACUGCCAAGCGUCCCCUGGAAGAGAUGAACUAUCUCUUUACCAACGCCCCGCUCCUCGUACCAGGAAUGAACAAGCGCGAAUGGGCUCUGGACAUCGAGCGUCGGGUCGAGGAAGUCGCUGCUAAGCAAGGAUCCAUUUCACACACCGAGCAUGCGCCGGAGCUGAAGCACUAAGCCCCCAGUACUGAAGUUGGGGUUACCCCAAUCCCGCUUAUGGCAUUCCUAUAACGCCC